AUGAAACCGUCCACUACAGCGCGUAAAUCCGCCAGAGCCCGCCAGCCUAUCAAGCACACCAAGACGUUCUCUGGCUGUUGGACCUGCCGGGAGCGACAUGUCAAAUGCGAUGAAGGUCGGCCAGAGUGUACAAGGUGUCUGAAGGGUGGGUUCGGAUGUCAAGGCUAUGGCAUCAAACUCGUCUGGGUCGAUCCUGAUACCCAGGAGCGAGAGCAGAAUAUCAGGCGGGUGAUUGGCCAGCCCGCUGUGUACGACGAUGAUUCCGGGUUCAUGCAGGUCGAUGUCCAUGAGGCAUUGGAAUCGAUAGAGAGGCUGUCCAAGGAGGGAGAGAGUUUAUCCUCGGGACCUUUUUCUGUUUUCGCGAUGGAGAUUUCUACCGAAAAUGGACUCGAUGCGCUCGACACACUACAACCUUUCUGCCAACCAAUUCAAGAAGGAGCCUGUUCGGACCUAGCGACAAAUUUACGCGCAGAAGACGAAGACGAGGAAGUAGAGGCGGUUAUCUCUCCAUCUAUCACGCCGCCCCCCUCAACACCCUCCUCUGAGAAUGACACUCACUUUUCAGGUUGUUCCACGCUCGUCCCGUUCAUCACGACCCUAGAUCAACCCCAAAACGGCCUCCAACCACUCAUUCUACGUCAUCUCGACCUCUUACCUCGCCCCGCGGAACAACGCGAAUUAAUCAACCACUGGACGUCCUUUGUCUGUCGGCAUCUCGUCCCUGUCGACCGACCUGAUAACCCCUUUCGCAGCGUUUUCACACCCAUGGCACUUGCAGGUCUAACUUCCCCGUCCAAUCAGUCGAAUGGGAAAAUUGCCCUCUUCCAUGCCCUGUGCGCCACGUCAGCAUUUAGCCGCGGCCAACUCCUCAAUGGCGACGCGAGAAUACUCACCCUGGCGAUGAAACACUACCAUCUGGCCAUCAUGCACUUACGUCACAGCCUCGCGAACCUCAAAGACAAUCUUGAAGUUGAUGUCCAACGGGGAUCCAUUCUCGCGACCAUCACGAUGUUCUCCGCAAUGGAUAUGAUUACAGGUCGCCCUUCAGAAUGGCGAACGCACCUGCAAGGGGGUGCAUCCUGGCUCGCCACCAUCGAAGGCAACGUAUGGGACCGCGACAAGAGCUCCUCGAUGGUCUACCAGGGGUACCUGGCAAUUGCGGCGCUCUGCAACAUCAAUCUACCCUCGACCGUCGACGUGGAGUCGGAGGAUUUCUUGAACGAAAAACACUAUGUGCUAGACCGGUUCUUCGGACUCACACGUCCGAUCUUGAAACAUAUCGUCAUGAUGAACUCUCUGAUCAAAUGCAUCUCGACAACAGACCCCAGCGUCAGCCCCGAAAUCCUCGAUGAGCUAGAAAUGCAGCUGUAUAUGCAAACGCCAGACGACCUGGAUCUCGAGGGUCUAGAACCGCUCGCCCAAGCGCUAACCCGCCACCAUGCAUAUGUCUUCUACUACGCAAGCCUGAUCUACUUCCAGCGCACCCUCCGGCGGCGACCACCAGAUGAGAUGCAAGAGAUGGUGAAACUGGCGGUCGCACAUCUCGAGGACAUCGAAGACCUUGGAGGCGAUAUGAUUGGAUGCACGCUGGUAUGGCCUCCGUUUGUGGUAGCCUGUGAAUGCCAGAGCACAGAUCUGCAAGAGCGCAUGCUGUCUUGGUAUAUGCUGAAGCGACGGCAUGGGUUCAUGAAUCUUGAGAUCUCCAAGGACAUUGCCAAAGAGUUGUGGCGAAGAAGGAGUCUCGUCACUACAGAGGUAGAUAUACAGUGGCAGGAUGUCCUGAAAGACCUGAAGAUGGACAUUGUGCUUGCAUGA